AUGUCAUAUCAUAUCAACUCAUCUAAAAAUACACAACAGAGGACAGCGCACUCAAACGUAUUCCGAAAGCAACGACGAGAGCAGCCAACGAAUAACAAACACAAAAGUUGGCGCCAAAAUGACCGACUAAAAUGGCGUCACAAAAUGAAAGAUACAAAAUUUAUUAGUGGAAUAAUGUAUCUGGAACAAGCGUACACCAAAAUAAGUGGUUUUCUGCAAAUUAUAUUUGGAUCCAUUAUAUUGGGUGAUUUAGUGGAUACAUAUUCUCCAGAUGGUUCGGUACACACAAGAACACUACCCGCUUUAAUUGUAGUGUUAGGUUGUUUAAUGGUUAUAGUUGCAGUUUUUGGUUGUUACACCAGAGAUAAUGUCCUGUUCACAAUACUCUAUAUAGUUUUUAUGUUUAUAUUAUUUUGUUUACAAAUUGCUUUGCUUGCUUGGAGUUGCAGUAGCAAAACAUCAUACCUAAAUGCUAUAUCAGCGCUGUUAACACAAACCUGGAAAGAUAAUACUUUAGGAAAUGGAUAUCCGAUGAAUGCGACUCAAAUCAAUUUCGAUUGCUGUGGACUAGAAGGUUAUACCGAUUAUGAGUCUAAUAAUAUGGUUGUGCCACCUUCCUGUUGUGGUCAUGAUACAAAUGUCGCAUGUCCAUUAAGCGUCUAUCAAUAUAAAAUAGGCUGUGAAGAUAGUUUUUUAAAUUUCUGGAGUGGAAAUUUCGAAAUAACUAAAUAUGGCAGCAUUUCUAUUAUGUUAGUAGAGUUUUUCGCGUUACUUUAUUCUGUUUUAUUGGUUAAUAAUUUAAGAAAAACCUUCAGCGAUGAUUUGUAUUUAGUAACUAAUUAAUACAUAAUUACCUGUUAUAGUUUUUA